AGAGCAGGCGGAGCCGGGGGCGGGCGGAGGCGGCGGCUGCUGCCGGGGGAUGAGCUCGGCCUUGGCAGGCAGUAUAAAAACGUCGCGCCUUUCCCCCCCGCGCCGCGUCGCAAACGUAUUGGGAUCUCUGGCUGCAGCGCUCGGUUCUUCUCCCGCGCUCUCCGCUGAGCUCUGCGCUCUGCCCGGUCUAUGGUGCUGCCCGGAGCUCCCGGCAUCGCCAUGUCGCGCUCAGAGGAGGUGCACCGGAUCACCGAGAACGUCUACAAGACUAUCAUGGAACAGUUCAAUCCUAGUCUCCGGAACUUCAUUUCCAUGGGGAAGAACUAUGAAAAAGCCCUGGCAGGUGUGACAUAUGCAGCAAAAGGUUACUUUGAUGCUCUGGUUAAAAUGGGAGAAUUGGCCACUGAAAGCCAAGGAUCUAAAGAACUGGGAGAUGUACUUUUCCAGAUGGCUGAAGUCCACAGGCAGAUUCAAAAUCAGUUAGAAGAGAUGCUGAAGUCCUUCCACAAUGAGUUAUUAACACAGCUGGAGCAGAAAGUAGAAUUGGAUUCACGGUACCUAAGUGUAAGUAAGGCUGCACUGAAGAAAUACCAGACUGAGCAGAGGAAUAAGGGGGACUCACUAGAAAAGUGCCAGGCAGAACUAAAGAAACUUCGGAAGAAGAGCCAAGGGAGCAAGAACCCUCAGAAGUACUCUGACAAGGAGCUGCAGUUUAUUGAAGCUAUCAGUAACAAGCAGGGUGAGCUGGAGAACUAUGUGUCUGAUGGCUACAAGACAGCACUAACAGAAGAGAGGCGGCGAUUCUGUUUCCUGGUGGAGAAGCAGUGUGCUGUGGCCAAAAAUGCCCUUGUGUACCAUUCCAAGGGAAGAGAAAUCUUGACACAGAAGCUCCCUCUGUGGCAGCAGGCUUGCUCUGAUCCUAACAAGAUCCCAGAACGUGCUAUUCAGCUCAUGCAACAGAUGGCCAUUGGCAGCAAUGGGACUGUUAUGCCCAGCCCUCUUUCUACAUCAAAAGCAAACCUCGUCAUCUCUGAUCCUAUCCCUGGUGCCAAACCACUCCCAGUUCCGCCAGAACUGGCACCUUUUGUAGGAAGAAUGUCUGCUCAAGAGACCAUUCCAGUGAUGAAUGGUGUCUCAGGCUCAGAAGGUGAAGAUUACAACCACUGGUCUGACAGGAAACCUCCUCAGCCUAAGUCUCUAUCCCCACCUCAGCCACAGAAGCAAUUGAGCGACUCUUACUCUAACACGCUCCCUGUGCGCAAAAGUGUCAUGCCCAAAAACAGCUACGCAACCACUGAAAACAAGACUCUGCCACGUUCUAGCUCCAUGGCAGCAGGGUUGGAGAAGAAUGGUAGGAUGAGAGUACGAGCAAUCUUCUCUCAUGCUGCUGGGGAUAACAGCACCCUUCUGAGUUUCAAGGAGGGAGACCUCAUUACGUUGCUAGUGCCAGAGGCCAGGGAUGGGUGGCACUAUGGAGAGAGUGAGAAGACAAAACUGAGAGGCUGGUUUCCAUUCUCCUACACCCGUGUGCUGGACAGUGAUGGGAGUGACAGGCUACACAUGAGCCAAGGGAAAAGCAGCAGCACAGGUAACCUGCUGGACAAAGAUGAUAUCCCCCCUCCUGAUUACAGCAUGUCCUCCCGAGCUUUCCAGACACAGAAUGUCAGCACUUUCAAACAGAGGCCAUAUAGCGUUGCAGUGCCAGCUUUCUCCCAGGACUACUUUAUGCCCUAUGGCUGUGCACUUAAUGAAUAUUCCAGUGGCCUCUGCCAACUGCUACCUGCUUCCUACCAGCCUUACCCUAGGUCAACAGCCGGCCUGGAUGACUAUGGGGCAAGAUCCUCAAGCAGCGCUGAUGUUGAAGUGGCCAGGUUUUGAGAUGUAUCCCUGACUGUAGUUGUAAGAAUCCUUUUGCCAACGUUCACCUCAAACCUACAGUGACAAAUGACCGUUCAGCUCCCCACAUCAGCUGAUUCCAGGAACUUUGGGCGACGGCGGGUACCUCGCACCUUUUAACCUCCAUUUCACCUGUGUUGCAUUUCUGUGGUGUCUUUAUACCAUUUACAUGUCUGUCUUCCUACAAUUUUAUUUUUGUAGCUAGGCUGAAUUGUGAAGCUCUCUGCUUGAAAAGCAGUUGUUGUACACUUUUUUUAAAAAAAAAGAUUGACCUUUAGAACAGAAGAGUGACAGGGAUCUCAAUGAAUUAUGUAAUGUCUCUAUUCUGAAUGGAGAAAUAGAACUGUGAACCAAGCCCUGCAUUCUCCACUUUCCCCAUUAUGAACCAUAUUCUUCUAAGGACAGUGAAACUGACCUUUGUGCAGUAGCUUAAAUUCUAUUUAGUAUAUCUCCUGGCCAUCCUGUAUCAGCAGCAUUGAAAUGUAUGGAUUUGAAUAAACUGAAUCUAGUGA